UUUGGUCGGUUCAAUUUGAGAAAACCUUUUGUAUUUGGUCUGGUGAAUUGGAUGAAGCAUUGUUAAUAACAUUUGGUGGUUUGUGGUUUGUGGUUUGUUGUUUUUUAUUCUCUGGCGAGCUCGUGUACAUAUAUAUAAAUCUUUGUUUUGGUUGUGAUUUGUUCCUUUCCUCUCUGUCUUUAGGUUGGUUGAUCAAGAUGCAAUGGCAAGGUUCGUGAGAUAAAAGCCCUACGCUUGUUGAUAGAGUCUAGUAUCACGGGAGUGGCGAGUGGGACAAGAACAGGAGAGAGUGGAGAGUGGAGAGGCAGACAAGACCACACGAGAGUGGAGCAUUGUAUCACGGGACUUGUUCUGUUUGUAUUGUCUUGUUCCUGUUUUGUAUUAUCUUGUUCCUGUUGUGCAUUUGGUCACGGAACUUGUACUAAUGCAUUGAUAUGUAUUUGGUCAUGGGUCUUUGUAAGACUUAUAAAAUGUAUAUAUCUAUCACUUUCUCAUUAUCACCAUUCUUGCAAGUUAUAAACAAUACACUCUCUUGCUUCAUUCUCUCAAUUCUCUUCAUCAAAACAAUCCAUUCUCACUCUCAAUUCUCUUGAUUCAACAAUCCGUUCUCACUCUCGUUGAUUCAACAAUCCAUUCUCACUCUCAAUUCUCUUGAUUCAACAAUCCGUUUCUCAAGUUAUAAACAAUCAAUUCCUUUUAUCUCAUGGCAUCUUCCUCUCAUAACAAGUUCGAAGACUCUACUUAUGAAGCGUUCGAUCAAUAUUUUGAUCAUCAAUUCGAUGAAGCAUUUGAGAAUUUGUGCAAUACUUUUGGUGAUCAAACAGAAGAAAAGAAGACAAGAAAAAAAAGAGUUUUUAUCGAAAGAAACCGUGAAGAAGGUCAUCUCCGAUUAUGGAAUGAUUAUUUUAGUGACGCUCCAACGUAUCCAAAAAACCUAUUCCGGCGACGAUUUCGUAUGAACAAACCAUUGUUUAUACAUAUUGUUGAUCGUCUCUCAAAUGAAGUUCAAUUCUUUCGUCAGAAGAAGGACGGUCUCGGAAGGCUUGGUCUCUCUACACUUCAGAAGUGUACGGCAGCUAUUCGUGUGUUGGCAUAUGGCUCUGCCCUUGAUGCGGUCGACGAAUACCUCAGGCUCGGUGCAACCACUACUCGGUUAUGUGUGGAAAAUUUUGUGGAAGCAAUAAUAGAUUUGUUCGGAGAUCAGUACCUAAGAAGACCAACACAAGAUGAUCUUCAACGUCUACUUCAUAUUGGAGAGCUUCGUGGGUUUCCCGGGAUGAUAGGAAGCAUCGAUUGUAUGCAUUGGGAGUGGAAGAAUUGUCCCACCGCUUGGAAAGGGCAAUAUUCUCGUGGUUCUGGAAAACCGACUAUCUUUUUAGAAGCGGUUGCUUCAUAUGAUCUUUGGAUAUGGCAUGCGUUUUUUGGACCUCCAGGUACCUUAAAUGAUAUCAAUGUUCUUGAUCGCUCACCUGUUUUUGAUGACAUAAUAAAUGGUCAAGCUCCGCAAGUGAAUUUCACGGCCAACGGAAGAGAUUAUCAUUUGGCUUACUAUCUCACCGAUGGCAUUUAUCCGAAAUGGGCAACUUUUAUCCAAUCUAUUCCAAUUCCACAAGGGCCUAAAGAAGUUUUAUUUGCUCAACGUCAAGAAGCUGCCCGAAAAGAUGUCGAACGUGCUUUCGGAGUCUUGCAAGCUCGAUUUGCAAUUGUUAAAAAUCCGGCACUUUGUUGGGAUAAAGUCAAGAUUGGAAAGAUUAUGAGAGCAUGUAUCAUACUCCAUAAUAUGAUAGUAGAAAAUGAACGAGAUGACUACACUCAAUACGAUGUUUCUGAUUUUCAACAAGGAGAAGGAAGCGGAAGUUCACAUGUCGAUCUCACAUAUUCAACAGAUAUCCCUACAAAUAUCGCCAAUCAGAUGGGUGUUCGAACAAGAAUUCGUGAUAGACAAGCACAUCAACAACUGAAAGGUGAUUUCGUUGAACAUAUUUGGCGUAAAUUUGGACGUGAUCAAGAUACCAACUGAGUUUGGAUGUCUCGUUCAAAUUAUUAUCGUUUAUUUUAAUAAUCUUUGUUUCCAUGCUUUUAUGUUUGUAUUUUAAAAUUUAUGUUUAAAAUGUUAUGUUUAACUAUGUUUUAUUUACUUAAUAAAUUUUAUCUUUUAUAAAAAAAUUAUGUUUAAAAAUAAAUUUAAUUUUUUUUAUUGUUAAGCACCCUAAGUUAAGCAACUACCAAUAAACCAAUAUCAUUAAAUGUUUCUUAAUUUGUUGCUUAGUUUUAUUUUAAUACUUAAAAAUUCAUUAACAACCACUUAAGCAACACUAAAGGUUGUUAGCAAUAAACAUGCUCUUACUACCCUGCUAAUUAUGUCAGAAAACUGUUACCGUUUUCUGAAGUUGGUUAUAAGUCUCCUUACGAGUUGUUGAACAAACAAAAACCAGACUAUUCAUCAUACCUAAGGGUUUUUGGUUCAGCGUGCUACCCUUGCUUAUGGUCAUAACAAGUUUGAUCCAAGGUCUUUACAAUGUAUCUUUUUUGGAUAUCAUUCACAAUAUAAAAGUUACAGUGUUUAUAUCCUCCUACUGGCAGAAAAUACAUCUCGCAUCAUGUUAUAUUUGAUAAGGUUGUGUUUCCUUUUGAGCACUGAUACAAGGAGUAUGUAGUUCCCCACAUACUACACCGUUGUUGCAGGCUUGGCAAUCUGCUCCUGUUCCACCACCUUUGCUUCCUAUGAUUCAGCACAUUCUUUCUCAUCAGGUUCCUACGGUUUCAACACUUGUUCAGGAUCCUGUCGUAGACCAAUUUGUUGAUGAGGCUGGACCUAGUUCGUCUAGAGAUACGGAAAUAGAGAAAAUUAUAGAGGAAGAUGAGAUAACCGAUCGCCCUGUGAGUCCUACUACAGUCACUCAAGUUUCUGGGAUCCAUCCUAUGACAACACGCCUGCAACGUGGAAUACGCAAACCAAAUCCUCGGCAUGCUCUUCUCACAUGAACAGAUCUCCCAACUAUCCCAAAGACCCUUGCGGCUGCGUUAAAACAUCCCGGUUGGAAAAAAUUUAUGGGAGAAGAAAUGGAAGCACAUCAUCUCAAUGAAACUAUGUCUCUUGUUCCUAGGGAUCCUAACAUGUGUUAGGCCGUAGGUGGAUACAUACGGUGAAACUAAAGGCAACAGGAACUUUGGAUAAGCUAAAUUCUCGACUGGCGGUGUGUGGUUUUGAACAAGAAGAAGGAGGUGCUUUUAUUGAGACUUACAGUCCGGUUGUGAGGACUUCAACAAUCAUAUUGGUUCUUAAUGUUACUGUGGAAAAAGAGUGGAAAAUGCGUCAUGAUGUUAAAAAUGCGUUCCUCCAUGGGGAGUUAGUUGAGGAAGUCUUUAUGGAACAACCACCUGGUUUUGUUGAUCCUUCAAAACUGGAUCAUGUUUGCAGACUACAUAAAGCUCUGUAUGGAUUAAAAACAGGCUCCUCGUGCUUGGUUUAAUAAGUUCACAUGUUAUACAAAAAAAACAUUACAAAAGUGUGUGACUUAUAUAGAUGAGCCUUUUGCUUCCCAAUUACUAUAGAGUAUCUUACAAUACUAAAAAUUGCUUAUGCUUCAUGUUUAGCUAUGCCACAUCAGCAUGGAAAAUCAACCAACCAAAGAUCAUUUUUCUGCCAUGUCACCAUCAAGUUUCCCAAAAAGACUCAUGUGUAUUUCAAUUGUCUUCUCAUCUUUCUCUUCAUGCAAAAUCGUUUCUUGAGAGGACUGUCCUCUCAUCUCCCAUACCUUUCUCCAUCACUCAUAAUUAUAUAUUGAUUCGACCUAUAUUGAUUCGUCUGUUUGAUUCAAUUACAUCACCUCCACUUCAGUUUAAAUACAAUUUUCCAGUUUCAAAAUUUACAUUGACUCGGGAAUACUCAGCCGACGAAUAAUAUAGUACAUCAACCGGAGGUGACCAAAUACGCAGCUUUAAUAUAACCGCAGCUCCGAUUGCCAGCUCCACUUCUCCGGCAAAUUCUAGCACCGCAACACCGGCGAAAUCCCACAUCGUCUUGGAAAGCUUCGGGUUUUGGUCUCGGCCCUCUUAGCAAAGUUGUAUCUCGAUUUGGCCGUAAAGGUUUGUUCGAUUCAAUUAUAUCCAUCAGAUUUUUGGAACAGAUUGUUCUGAGUUUUAUUUUCUUAAAACAUAGAUGAUGUUUUAGUCAGAUCGAGAUGUUUACUAGAUGUAUAUAUACUCGGGAACAAACACUGUUGCAGAUUGAAAAUUGAAUCAUGUAAGCUAGCUGUUCAUCGGUCUUUUCUCUUGGAAGACCCACUGAAGAUCGAAAGUACUUUCAGAGUUUCAGUGAGGUUUUAGAAGUGAUGCUCCUGAAGGAUCGAGCCACUGGCUGUGCUCAUGUUUAUUUUUGUCCUCGACGAUCCCAGUUUUGCUGAGUCCUACACGUAAUUGAUGUUAAAUUGUAUGUUUUCAUCAAUUUUUUUUUUGAGCCAAUACUUCAUUACUUUAGUAUCAAUCUGCUUCUUUCAAUAGUUAGUUUUUUGGAACAGAGGUUACUGCUCCUCUAGGUAAAGCUAUAAAUUGUGUCAGUUGUGAAAGUUCUAAGUGGAGCUUCAGUUUCUGCCUUA